CUCCCUCCUCCCCCGCGGGCCGGCGGCGCAGGGGGCGGGGCGCUGCGUCUCUGCGCGCGGCCAGGCCCUGGCUCGUUACUCAGCGGCCGCGGCUGAAGCAGGAGGUGGCGGCGGUGGCGGUUGAGAGUGAAUUUUGGAUGAAGCUAUCUAACUAAAUUGUCAUCAUGAGCAGAAGCAAGCGUGACAGCAAUUUCUACAGUGUAGAGAUUGGAGAUUCUACUUUCACUGUACUGAAACGAUAUCAGAAUUUAAAACCUAUAGGAUCAGGGGCACAAGGAAUAGUAUGUGCAGCCUAUGAUGCCAUCCUGGAACGAAAUGUUGCGAUCAAGAAGCUAAGCCGGCCAUUUCAGAAUCAAACCCAUGCUAAACGAGCCUACAGAGAGCUUGUUCUCAUGAAGUGUGUAAAUCACAAAAAUAUAAUUGGCCUACUGAUUGUGUUCACACCACAGAAAUCUCUGGAAGAAUUUCAAGAUGUUUACAUAGUGAUGGAGCUCAUGGAUGCAAAUCUCUGCCAAGUGAUUCAGAUGGAGCUAGACCAUGAACGAAUGUCGUACCUUCUUUAUCAGAUGCUGUGUGGUAUCAAGCAUCUUCACUCUGCUGGAAUUAUACAUAGGGAUUUAAAGCCCAGUAAUAUAGUAGUAAAAUCAGACUGCACUUUGAAGAUUCUUGACUUUGGACUGGCCAGAACUGCAGGAACUAGUUUUAUGAUGACGCCUUAUGUAGUGACUCGUUACUACAGAGCACCAGAGGUCAUCCUAGGGAUGGGAUACAAAGAAAACGUGGAUUUAUGGUCUGUGGGGUGCAUUAUGGGCGAAAUGGUUUGCCACAAAAUCCUCUUUCCAGGAAGGGACUAUAUUGAUCAGUGGAAUAAAGUUAUUGAGCAGCUAGGAACACCAUGCCCUGAAUUCAUGAAGAAAUUGCAGCCAACAGUGCGGACUUACGUGGAGAACAGACCUAAAUAUGCUGGAUAUAGUUUUGAGAAACUCUUCCCAGAUGUACUUUUCCCAGCUGAUUCUGAGCACAACAAACUUAAAGCCAGUCAAGCAAGGGACUUGUUAUCAAAAAUGCUGGUUAUAGAUGCUUCUAAAAGAAUCUCUGUGGAUGAGGCUCUGCAGCACCCAUACAUCAAUGUCUGGUAUGAUCCAUCUGAAGCAGAAGCACCUCCACCAAAGAUACCAGACAAGCAGUUAGAUGAAAGAGAGCACACAAUAGAAGAAUGGAAAGAGUUGAUAUACAAGGAGGUCAUGGACCUGGAGGAAAGGACCAAGAACGGGGUUAUACGUGGACAACCAGCCCCUUUAGGUGCAGCAAUGAUCAAUGGUUCUCAACAUCCGUCUUCAUCAUCAUCUGUCAAUGAUGUGUCUUCAAUGUCAACAGAUCCAACAUUGGCCUCCGAUACUGACAGCAGUCUGGAAACAUCCGCUGGACCUCUGGGCUGCUGUAGAUGACUACUUGGUCUUUUAGGGGGGAGGGAAGGGGAGUCCUUUAGUCAUUGAUAGGGCACCUUUAAGAAAAUCAGUGGUAUUAUUUUUGAGUGUUUUUUCAAAAAUAAUUGUAGGAUUCAUUUUAAAGUGCUGUAAUUUUAAACUGUAAGUUGUGUUAAAAGCAGCCACAAAAAUGUAUUUUUUUUGCUGUAAUUAACUCUGUAAAAUAUUAAACCUGAUAAUUUUAUCAUGGUUUUUAAAAAAUCUGCAUAUUUGCUUUACUAUUAUGCUGCUGAUCUUUUUUUUACUGAAUUUGUAAGAUUUGUUUGAUCAAAGCACAUAUUAAUGUUCUCUACCGUAUCAUGUAUUAUUUAAGAUUUUAUAGGUUUUUCAAUUUUUUUAUUAGAAUUUUUUCCAAAUGUUUUGUUCAUGAUUAUCCUUCAAAGUUAUAUGCUUGGUCACUUACCCAUGUGCAAGAGAAAAUAAUACAUUGUAACCUGUUAGAGCUUUGGGUGUAGCUACUCUAGUGGUAGCAGUGAACACAGAAUCCUUUAAUUCUGUCUUCUUGCCUAUAACAAUUGAAUAAAAGCAGCAGUUAGUGAAUUUCAUUAGGGAAACCGUUUAUGACCCUUGGCAAAGUCACCUCAUCUGAGAGGCAAUAUAAACAUAAAGCAAAGCAUAUCUUUAUAGCUGCAGAAGUAUCCAGCCUGCCAAAAGGAGAUGGUGGCAGAACUGUGGCAUGCUGAAGCUUAUGAUCUCAAGGAGGAUACUUCGUGAAUAAUACAUUGCAAUGCAAAUAAACUGUUUACUUCUACUAGCUAUUAGCCUGUUUUUGUACACACAGAACAAGGUAUACCCAGGAUAUCUAGAUUGCCUACAGAUUUCCCUGUUGCUGUAGUUCUACAUACACAUAGCAUGUGGUUCUUUGGCAUUUAAUUUCCUUCUUAUUUUCUGUGUUAGGAUAGAGCAGUUCUAUGUUGGGUGUAUGUAUGGAAAACCGCCAGCUUUUUGAUCACUCUUUCUUCACCCAAAGUAACUUAUUCCUGUAAACCAAUCACUGGUGGGAGAACCUCAGGUUGUAAGAUUUCUGUAGCUAAUGCAUUGAGAGCAAUAUAUGCCAUGGUAAUGGGGGGGAAAUAGCAGUGCUGGAUAAAUAGUUUUUCUCUUUCACUUAACUAUCAGACCAUCAUAGCAGAAAUCUUAAAAAUGGUUCUUUUAAAGCCAUGAAUAUUCAGUAUCUUUCAGCAUUGAAGCCCCAGCUGUCAGUGCUUUUAAAAAAAAAAAACGUAGAUCAGUU